GAGUGGGUGGGAGAAGAGGGCCGGCCAAAGGUGACGCCGUGGCUGUGGAGGUGCGGUGCUCCACGGCGCUCUGGGCUGUGGAUGGCGGCGGGAUGGAGCGCGAGGGGAGCGGCGGUGGCAGCGCCUCAGCCGGGCUCCUGCAGCAGAUCCUCAGCCUGAAGCUCGUGCCGCGGGUGGGCAACGGGACCCUGUGCCCCAACUCCACUUCGCUCUGCUCCUUCCCAGAGAUGUGGUAUGGUGUGUUCCUGUGGGCACUGAUGUCUUCUGUGUUCUUUCAUGUCCCUGCUGGCCUGCUGGCCCUCUUCACCCUCAGACAUCACAAAUAUGGUAGGUUGGUGUCGGUCAGCAUCCUGUUCAUGGGCGUCGUGGGACCAAUCACUGCUGGAAUCUUGACAAGCGCAGCAAUUGCUGGGGUGUACCGGGCCGCGGGGAAGGAGAUGAUCCCCUUCGAAGCCCUCACGCUGGGCACCGGGCAGACGUUCUGUGUAGUGGUCGUCUCCUUUUUACGGGUUUUAGCUACUCUAUAGCAUACGCCCUUUCACUGUGAUAUGCCAUCCCUGAGUUUUAUAGACUCCUCAAAAGGAAUGGACGGUGUCAUGGUUUCUUCAUUCCUCAAAUGGAAGCAACUAGAAGGUGUGAGAGUGUGAAGAUCGCCACAGACCUUUCUUCUAGUCAAAGCUCCAGAAACUGAAGACCCUUGUGGACACCAGUCAUUCCCAGCCAAAGCAAGCUCCUUGGCGUCUCUUCUCUUGUGGCAACUUAAGAAGUUUUACACGCACACACCGUCACCUAAGCCAUCAAUGCCUCGGAGUCUGCGUCCUUCCUGUGCAAAAAUGUAUCGUUGCUGUUUCCUAGCAACAGUGGAGCAUGCUGCUUGAUUUCAAGGGGCUAGGCUGCUCUGUACUGAAAGCUUAGGUCCUGGCAGGAAAGCCAAGCUGGCUUGGGCUAAGCCAACAGACUGGUGGAAUGUCCCAGGAAGAAGUGAAGUAGAGUUCAAAGCAACAGCUUUGGUUCCACUGUCAAAAGUAGGUGACCGCUGAGAAUGUGACGUGUUAUGGAUAACUAUCUUGACCUCUGAUUAUUUAAUAUGUUUCAAGAGAUGUGAAUUUUAUCAUUUGAUCAAAAUAAGCUAGCUAAUUGAGUUUUUUUUUGGUUUUGGGGUUUUUGUUUUUUGUUGUUGUUUUUGUUUUGUUUUAAAGACAUGAGGUCUUGUUUUGUUGCCUAAGCUGGUCCAAACUCCUGGGCUCAAGGCAUCCUCCUGCCUCAGGCUCCUGAAUAGCUGGGACAAUAGGCAUCACUGUCAUGCCUAAUCGAGGUUCCUUUUCCCAAAGAAUGUCCAUGACACCUUGUUAUGUUUAAUACUAUCCAUCUUAAACACACAGACUUUCUUAAAUGGCUUGACUUGACCUUCAAAACCAGGUAGAUUAGGAUAUUCUUUGGACAUUCAGGCACAGAUAAGAUACUUGCAGGAUUCUGUUAGAGUUUUUCUUGGUGGUUUUGUUGAUUGGAUGAGUCUGUGCUUGUGCAGUGUGCUGAAGGGUUAGUGGCUAUUGGUUUUCCUCACACCGUGUUUACCUAGCAGUGGCUCCUCAGCCCGCCCUUGCAGUAUUUGAGUAUCCAUUCCCAGAAAGUGCCUAACACUUCAGACAUAACCCCGUCCAGCCUUCUUAUUUUUCUUCCAGAGAAUUUAUGUCCUUAAAGAGUAGUAGUAGUUUUUAACUUGAUUUUAGCUAUUUUAAUUUUUAACUCUACUGCCUAACUUUGUUUUUCCUUAAAAAGGCCUCUAAACUGUGACCUUCAGAAAGGAAAGGGAGUGUAGAACUUAGGCACCUUUCUUCAAUUCAACGGUUUUGUAGAAACUACAAUAAAAUACAACAGCCAUGUUGUAACCUGUUUUAAAAGUAGCUUCUGGUGAUUAACUGACAUUUUUAAAAGAAAAUUUUCAUUGUGAGAUUAAGACUCACAACCUAUGAGGAAAUAAAUUUAUCUUAAAGCAAUAUGCUCUCAGCUUCUGGUUAACAAGCAGCCAGGAGGUCUGGCAAGAUCUUCAGCAGGUUCUCAGGGUCCGCGUGAUGGAUCCUGAGAACCAUCUCCUGCCCUUGUCUCUGCUCUCCAUGUGCUGUUCACAUGUAUACAUAAAUACAUAAAUGUAAUUAAAAUUUCUCUUUAAAUACCCAAGAGGACCUCUGGCACUUGCACCCACAUGCACAUACUUCCUGUCCCCCAUGUACACGUGAUUUUAAAGUUUGGUAAAAUAGCUGAGCAGAUCAAUUUGCCCAGUAAUGACAUCAGGGGAAACUGUAGGAAUGGCUCCAAAAAUAAUUGGCUCUUUCCUUUUGACCACCGGUUGUCAAAACUGUGGUGGUGAUCAGAUCAGAUUUGGUGGGCAACUAAAAUGCAAAUAAAUGGCUUUUUAUAAUCCCCAGCAAAAAGAGCAACUCUUUCUUCUGACAAAAGAUUUCCAUUUUCAGUCUGAGGGACUUUGAGUUUGGAAACCACCCCUUCAGCUGGAGAAACUGGAAUGUUGUACUGGGCCUUGUGGGAGCUGGUAGCAUCACUGGGAGGAGGCCUUGUGUUACUAAGCAUUCUUUGGGAUGUAAUUUUACACACUAAGCACAUAGGUGAAUAGGUCGUUGACUGUUGCCCUAAAAAAUAACUCGUGAACAUAUUCAUGAUUAGAAUUUUAGGUUGUAUUUACAACCAAGAUACAAAAGUUAGGGUGUUUUUGUUUCCAUAUGUUUCAUCAGCUUUAAAAACAAAAACUUGAAAUGUAUCUUCAAAUUACCAAGUGUUUCAUCUAUCCCAAUGUGUGAAGCAUUUUUUUGUGUGUGUGGGGGGGUGUUUUGUUUUGUUGAGACAGGGUUUCUCUGUGUAAUAACCUUGGUUGUCCUGGACCCACGUUGUGGAUCAGGCUGGCCUGGAAUUCAUACAGAUCCACCUGCCUCUGCCUCCCAAGUGCUGGCUAAACGCAUGUGCCACCAUGCCAGGCUGUGUGAAGUGUUCUUUUGUGCAUAAAUGUACAUAGAGUCUACAGACUGAGCUCUGCGGCUUGAAAUGUUUUUCGGAAGAAACCAUUUGAACGAUAAAGAGUGCGUUCCACUUGGAUCGCUUCUCUUCCUCCUCUUGUCUCAAACUCCAGUUAUCUGCCUUGGUGUGUGUUGAACACAUCACCUUGAGGAAUUUCCUCCCAGUAAGGACUUUCUUGGGCCCUGAUUCCUGAGUCUGUGUCCCCCCUUCUCAUCCUCUUUUAAGUUCUUAGAUAGAGAGGCGACCCCCAACCCAAAGCUGAUUUCUUGACGCUUUAAUGGGAUUCUGGGGUAAACAUUUAAGUUCAUGUGCAAAAGUGUAAUGAUUGUGAGCAGAUGCAUCUCUGGGUUGCACACUUCCAUUGCAGCAAGACUCCACUUGGGAAAUGCUGGGAGCAUCGAGCAGCACUUCGUGCGAGUAAUGGCGUCCUUCCUGUGUCCUUUAGGUUUUUAAAUUGUAUGUUGGCUUUCUAUUCCAAUGUCCUUUGUGACUGCCCUGGUUUCCCUUAAGUUAUUGUGACAGUGCAGGCCAUGCCAACCUUCCCUAAGGAACUCUUUCCUGGAAUGUGAAGCCCCGGUGCCAUUAAUGGUCCACGCGCAGAAGGUUUUGUGAACUUGUAUUUCUUUCUUGUGGACUGUGUAAGGCUGGUUAUGACCAAAGUCAGUUUAACUUUUUAUAUUAGGUUAUUGCACUUAACUGCUAUAGUCAAAAUGAUCAAAUCUUUGUACAUUAGAGAUUUAUUUAAAUAUUAUUUUUCUACUGACAUUUCUAAUGCUAGUAUAAAUGUUUAUUAUCAAUAAAGAAUUACUUUGAA